AUUAUUUUUGUCGAAGGAGUCAAGGACACUUUAUAUCAGCCAAUCAUCUCGCUUCAAUUGUACACACCCCUAUAAACAGCGUGGAUCAACAACUGUGUGAAGAAAGCGGAGUUGACUAGAUAGAGUGUUGUAGAGUUGGACUUUGACCUUUAGGACAGAUCACAACCAUGCCUUCAUUUCCACAGUACCUGACAUCUGAACAGGAGAAUGAGCUCCGUAGGAUUGCCAACGCCAUUGUGGCACCAGGGAAGGGCAUACUGGCUGCUGAUGAAUCCACAGGUACAAUUGGCAAGAGAUUUGCCUCUAUUGGGGUAGAGAACACCGAGGAAAAUAGACGCUGCUACAGAGAGCUAUUGUUUACGGCUGAUGCCUCUGUUGCUGAAAACAUCAGCGGCGUUAUUCUCUUCCACGAGACAUUCUACCAAAAGACAAAGGACGGUACUCCAUUUGUCAAAAUUCUCAAGGACAAAGGAAUUAUUUCUGGCAUCAAGGUCGAUAAAGGAGUUGUUCCCCUUGCUGGCACUGAUGGAGAGAGUACCACACAGGGUUUGGACAGUCUGUCUGAGCGAUGUGCUCAGUACAAGAAAGACGGAGCUGACUUUGCUAAAUGGAGGUGUGUCCUGAAAAUUGGAGCCCACACGCCCACUUACCAGGCCAUGUUUGAGAAUGGCAAUGUCUUGGCUCGCUAUGCCAGUAUCUGUCAGCAGAAUGGACUUGUUCCAAUUGUGGAACCUGAAGUACUUUGUGAUGGGGACCAUGAUUUAGAAACAGCACAGAAAGUUACAGAGCAGGUCCUGGCUUUUACUUACAAAGCUUUGGCUGACCACCAUGUUUUUCUAGAGGGCACUCUCUUGAAGCCCAACAUGGUGACUGCUGGCCAAUCUUGUCCUAAGAAAUACACUGCAGAACAAAACGGCAAAGCCACUGUGGUAGCUCUCAGUCGUGGUGUACCUGCGGCUGUACCAGGUAUUACAUUUUUAUCUGGUGGACAAUCUGAGGAGGACUCUACUCUCAACCUGAACGCCAUCAAUAAUGCUCCUGGCCCCAAGCCCUGGGCAUUAACCUUCUCCUUCGGGCGAGCCUUACAGGCUUCCGUCCUCAAGGCCUGGCAGGGAAAAAAGGAGAAUGUGAAGGCAGCCCAGGAACAACUCCUUGUUAGGGCAAAGGCAAACGGACUUGCUGCCAUGGGGAAAUUUCAAGGAGGACAGUCUGGAAAAGCCUCUGGGGAAUCCUUGUUUGUGGCCAAUCACUCAUACUAAACAGAAAGUCUAUCUACUAUAAUACUAAGACUUAAAUCAAUCCAUACACAUGGUAGCAUCUUAGCUUUAAUGUCACUGACCACAUUACAUUCUGUAUUGGAGGAGAGCUUUCAACAUGAUCGUGUUCAACAUCCUCAUUUUCAUGCUUUUGGAGCAGCAUAAUAUUGCAUGAUGGGACAUUUUUUUUAAAAAUCUGUGAUUUAGGGGAGUGCAAGGAGUAGUUAUAAAACCGGGUUAUCAAAUCUUGUUGAUCUAUGAUUUGCUUUUUUAUGUGGAGUUUACUAUUUUCUUUCACUCAAUUUAACUGUGCCAUGAAUAAAUUGUCAUUCAUUGUUGUGUAUUUGAUAAACAUCUUUCAUUAGAGAUUCUUUUAUAUUUUGCAAUAUUUGUAUAUGAGGGAGCAAUAAAGGCAUUAGACCUAG